UUCUCUCCGCGGCCGAAAAGAAACCCUAUCAUAGAACGGUGCUCCCUCGGUACUUCUGUCUCUCUGUUUCUUCGUCUGUGUCUGUGUUCGAGCUUGAAAGAUUGAGCUUUCUUUCAUGUCGACCGCGGCGCCAAGGGGUUACGAAGGAGGUGCAGGUGGAAAAUUUCGAAAAAAGCCGUUUCGAAAAGCGACGACACCAUAUGAUCGACCAGUGAUUGCACUCAGGAAUCCUGUGGAAGGAGGGAGCAGCAAUGGAUGGCUUUCCAAGAUUGUCGAUCCAGCUUCUAGAGUCAUCACUAGAAGUGCACAUAAAUUCUUCUCUUCUGUGUUCCGCAAGAGGCUCCCUGCUCCAGAGACGGUUCCAGCAGAGGCAGAACGUGAACCGAGAAAUGUACCUUCAGAAACAGUUUAUGCUUCACAGAAUCCUUUUGGGGUAGAUGAACGGGAACCAGUUGUCAAUGGAAAUGAUAGUCUGAAUAAUCAUUCUGAAAAUAAUGGGUUAGAUGAGCUUGAGCAGAUUCUGAAACAGAAGACAUUUACCAGAGCUGAGAUUGACCAUUUGACACAAGUACUCCGUUCAAGAACUGUUGAUAUUCCUGCUGAGGAUGAGUACAGAAGAUCUGAACCUAGUACGUCACAGCCGCUAGUUGAUAAUCACAAAUUGGAACUUGCAAAUGUUCCAGUGCAAGAAAAUAGAGUGGAUACCCGAAGAUUGCUGGGAGAGGCUUCAGUCCCUGCUGCUAAUUCAAGUGUCCUUGAAAAAGCGAUUGCUUCACCUGCAGAACUUGCAAAAGCCUACAUGGGUAAUAGACCUUCGAAAGUGUCACCAUCAACAUUGGGGUUGCGUAGUCAGGUGCUCAGGGAAGAGUUACCUUCGGUGAGUAAUGUACCAUUUCCAAGGAAAUCAUCUGGUCUGUCACUUGUACCAAGAUCAUCAGUUCGUUUUGCUGGCGUCCCUGGGGUUUCUGAAAAUGGUUAUCAGACACCAAGAUCCCGGGGAAGAUCUGCCAUAUACAGUAUGGUUCGUACACCAUAUUCCAGAAUUCAUUCCGCUGGCAAGGGUAUUGAGACUAUGGAGGAUGGGUAUGUUGGCCAAUCAACCUCUCCAUGGAUAUUGGAGAACGACACACUUUCUAUUGGAAAACAGGUCUCGAAGAGGAGGAGUUCAGUUUUAGACAAUGAUAUUGGAUCUGUUGGUCCCAUACGCAGGAUUCGUCAGAAGACGAAUCUAAUGUCUCUUAAAAGUAGUGGCUUAUUGGUUCCUGAGUCUCUAAUUCCUACUCGUGGAACUGCUUUCAGUCCUGAUGUUGCUAAAGGUUCUGUUUCAUCGACCCAGAAGCCACUUCUGCUGGAAGAAUCCAAGUAUAACAUCCCAAAGAUGAGACUUGCAGAAGAUGGGGAUAAUAGUGUCCCCAGUACAAGUUUUGCUUCUGUUCCUUCUCAGUCGAGUGAGAUGGCCCGGAAAAUUUUGCAGCAGCUUGAUAAGCUGGUGCCUUCUCCAAAAGAGAAAUCAGCUGAGCUCAAGCUAGAUAUUGCUAGGGAGAAAUCACCUGCAAAACUGUCAGUCAGUAUGUUACAUGGAAAAGCUCUUCGGAGUGUGGAGGAAGUGGAUUCAUCAAAGUUGCUGAAUAAUGUACAGAAUACUGGUACUUUGGAUGGUGUUGGUGGAACAUCUUUACGUGUUACUCAAGAUUCUGCCUCUCAAAAGCUAGACAAGGUGGAAGAAAAUGUCCCGUUGAAGAUUGCUGGUUCUGGAAACAAAUUUUCUCUAGAGUCUAAUGGCGCAGAAAGAACUACAUUGAAAAAAGAUUCUGUCCCAAGUUUUAGGACUGCAGAUUCGGCAAUUUCCAACUCUGUCGUGACCCCUCCACAGAGGAAACGGGCCUUCCAGAUGAGCGUAUACGAGGAUUUUCUGGAGCUGGAUGAUGAUUGUUACAGUACCAAAGGUGCACAUACUGCUGGCGUAAAUGAAAUCCUGGAGAAUGCAGCUGUGGAGGAGAGCAAAGCUGUUGCUGCUGAAACAGUUACUGUGGAGAAGCCUCCAGUUUCUGAAGUCAAAACUCCUGCAAGUUUGAUAUUGAACAGAUCCAGUGAUACAGGAGCUUCUGAUGGUCCCAAGGUCAAUGAAAAGAACCCUGGUAUUGCCGUUCCUGUGACAUCCCCCUCAAGCAUAGUUGCUCAACCAGCUACUCUGAGUCAGUUGCCACCGUUGUUUAGUAAUGUAGUUUCAAUGAAAGAGACAACUGUUCCGGUAUUCAACUUUGGAUCUAAAGGUGUUGACAACGCUCCACCUUUUACAUUUUCCUCAACAUCCAGUUUCAGUGAAGCAUCGGGCCUGAAAUCUGGUGCUCAGACAAUCUUGAAGCUAGAGGCAUUGAGCAGCCCUGCCACAAUUGCUGAAUCAGCAACAGAAACUAUGACCAAAGCUGCAGAGUCAGAUAAAGAUGGUGAAGAAAAUGCUCUGAGGACCGGAGAUUUGUCCGGAAAACAUGAAAAUGCCACUUUUGCAGGUGCAACAUCAACCACUUCAGGCAUAUUCUCUUUUAACAGUUCUUCGAACAAUUCUAAUCUGAGCAAUGGUUCAGUUGCACCAUCACCUUCGUUAUUCUCAGUCCCUGCCUCUCCUUCACUGCCAAGUUCCACUGGUUCUGCAAAUGUGAUUUUCACCAGUGGUCCUACCACCGCUGCUGUCACCACCACCAGCAGCCUGUCUUCCUCAGCUGCGGCCCCAGCAUUUUCUUCAGCAGCCAUAUUCCAGUUUGGAUCCAGUACUACUGUGGCAGUAGCUCCAUCAAGUUCAAUGUCACAGCCAUCAACAGCUUCUGGUGCAGAGUCAACAGAUUUGGAACAAAAGUCCAAGACAGCUCCCCCCUUUGGCAAUCUAAGCCACUCUCCUUUUGGUGCCACCUCUUCUCCACUUACAAGCACAGGCAGUGGCAUCUUUGGGUUCACCAGUGUAGCCCCUGCAAGUACUACAAAUUCCUCUUCAUCUGCAAAUAAUCUUUCUAAUGCUUUUGGUGCUGGCACUGGAGCUGUGUAUGGUUCUCAGACAGCUUCCGGAACUGGUAGUUCACCCUUUACUCAGAGCAUUUCAAGCCAGUUCGGCUCAUCCACCCCUUCUCCCACAUUUGGCCUGAGUUCAUCUUCUACUUUCACCACUGGUAGUUCUAUGUUUGGUUCUUCAGCCCCUGCUUCUAAACAGUUUAGUUCCGGUUCUGGUUUUGCACAGAAAUCUUCGACUACCUUCUCUACUGGGUCUAAUCCUUUUAGCUCUGCUAGUGGUGCUGCCAAUUUAUUUAGUUCUGGUUCACAGCCGGCAUCAUCGAUGUUCAGUCCAGCUAUUAGCUCUGCUCCAACGACAGGGUUUUCGUUUGGAGGGGCGUCAACCUCUGGUGUUGCUAAUGGUAGUGCAUCAUCCCCAGCAACAGGGCUUUCUUUUGGUGUAUCCUCGACUGCUGGUGCUGCUAGUGCAUCAACUUUGGCGACAGGGUUUUCAUUUGGAGGACCCUCAACUGCUGGUGCUGCUACUGGUAGUGCACCAAUGGUAUUUGGCUCAGGUAAUGGUGUCUCAUCAGGGCCAUUUUUCUCAUUCACAUCUUCUUCUGCAGCCUCCUCUUCUGCCACUCUUGCCUCAUCACAACCUGUAUUUGGUGCACCAAAUCCAAGCAUCCCAUUUUCAUCAUCUCCCACUAACGACCAGAUGAGCAUGGAAGAUAGCAUGGCGGAGGACACAAUACAGGCAUCUACGCCUGCUGUUCCUACAUUCGGCCAGCCAGCUGCUACCCCGUCACCUGGUUUCAUGUUUAAUUCUGCUCCAUCAGGAACUCCAUUCCAGUUUGGUGCCCAACAGAAUCCUGUUGCUCCGCAGAACUCAUCUCCAUUUCAGGCUCCUAGUAAUUUCGAUUUUGCUGCUGGUGGAAGCUUCUCAUUGGGAACAACUGGAGACAAGUCUACUCGGAAAUUCAUCAGACCAAAAAGAGAUAAGAUGCGGAAAAAGUAGACCUUGGGUUCUCCAUUCACUAAUCUGGAUUUAUUAGUGAUUUGGGAGCAACAGCCUGAUCAUCUCACGUGCAAGAUGAGCAACUAGCAGAGGCUGUGCCUGAUGCCCCUCGGAUUUCUUGGUACUGAUGGUAAAUCUGCCACUCCCAAACCUGGAAAUCUGGUGGUCUGUACUUGGUCAUUUUCCAAUGCGGGCCUAUAAUGUUUUAAUUUUGGGUUAAGCCCUUGUAGUGAUACCAAUGAAUGGUUGCAGUCGAUCUUAGUUACUUUCUAGGUUUCAGGUUGAGCACCGAUGGUCAUGCUUUGUGUACGUUGUUGUGUAACAUAGGGAGGAGAAAUGCGUAUGGAUCUGUGAAGAAGGCAGUUGUCUGUCAGUUGCCCUCCAUAUAUUCACUCCUUCCAAUUUUAUUGAUGUUUGUAAUCUGUUGUGUUGGAAAUCUUUAAUAAUCCUUCUCUAGUAUCGGCUGAGGUGAUUUACCAAUGGAAUAUAAUGAGGUUAUAAGCUUGA